AUGACGACGUUUCCCUUCCUCGAGCUUCCGGCAGAACUCAUCUCAAUAGAGCUCCGUAACAUGAUCUACGAAUUUGCUGCUUUUUCCGAGGAGCCGACCCGCAUCGUCAUCAAUAAAAGACGCGCCGACGGCAAUUACAUUGGUCUUGCGCGUGUUUGCCGACAGAUCCGCAAGGAGUAUCUAUGGCAUCAAGUGUACCGACAGAAGGCUCGCAUUCGUGUACAUUGGCGCGAUCUCGAUACAUGGCUUUCAACCUUUGCCGAAAGCAAUGCCCAACCCAAGCAACUACAGAUUGCGUUUUCAUUCGAUGUACAUGGCGCGACGUCGGGUCCGAAAGAGAUUGACAUCUUACCACUGCUUCAUUGGAACCUCACCAGCAGUAUGUCCACUUGCAAAAUCGUGUUCGUCAACGGUCACACCACGGAAUCAGUUCCGAUUCGAUACAGAAAGCACGUCCAGUCGAGGAACGAGGACAUGGUGCUACAGCUCCAGAGCUUUCUCGAUUGCAACCAUGCAGCUUGGCACGCUGAUGUGAAGGACGACGGUUCACGGCUGAAGAAAGUCUUGAUCAACUUGGCAGAACGCUCGAUUACCUUCACGCUCCGUAACAACAAGCAGUACAAAGCAUUAUCCGCCAUCAAGUACACGGGUGAGGUCGGCUUGGGGCUUACACGAGCUUUGUGGUGGACCUUGAGGGUAAAAAUGCAAGAGGAUGAUAAGAAAUGGGGGAACAAGGGCGAGUGA